GGGAUGGUUUUUUGGCGAGUUGGAACAGACCUGAUACGGACGUUAGCUAGUCCUGCAAAAAGUCUAAAAACAAGAUGCAUAUACUCGACAAAUGUAAAAGAAAAGGGACGAAAUACAAUUUCAUGCAGUGACAGUGGCUGCAAUGGAAAAAUGUAUUGAUUAUUUUGUAUCAACAAAGUUAUUAUGAAUUUUUUGGAAAAAGAAAUAUUGUCAGUGCGUAAAAUAAGUACCAAAGACCACAAAAAACUGAAAAAUAUCAGUUUAACAUACAUAACAAAAGAAUCGCCUUUUGGAAAUUACGUGGCAGUCUUUUACAAUGACGAAUUGUGCUGCCUGAAGUUUUAUGAAGAUGCAAAUUUGAAUGAGUGUCUGGAAAAGAUUCAGGAAAGCUUUAAAAAAGCUGAAUUAAUUUACAAGGACCAUUUCGAACCUCCAAACCAGUUAAAAUUAUAUUUGAAAGGAACUGAUUUUGAGGUCUCUGUGUGGACAGAGCUCUUAAAAAUUGAAAAGGGGAAAACAAUUAAUUAUAAUGACAUAGCAACAGCUCUAGGCAAUCCAAAUUCGGUCCGAGCUGUAGGAAACGCAGUUGGCAAAAAUCCUAUCGCCUAUAUUGUGCCAUGUCACAGGGUGAUACGGAAAAAUGGUGAAUUGGGCGGAUUUACUGCAGGACCUCAGAGAAAAUUGGAAAUGUUUCAUUAUGAAGGAGCCAACAUAUAAAAUUAUUUCCUCCUAUAAUUGAAUUUGUUAACUUUAUAUUCAUUUGAAUUUUAAGAAUUAUAUAGAGUGUUUCAUUGAGUUUAAAUAUCAGUUUUUUAUUGAAAAGCAUAGAAAAUUCGUGAUAUGAUUCUCACCUUUCGUAUUAAUUUGACAAUGUUCAGCAGAAACACUUUGAGUGGUGAGCACUCCGUAAAUAUCAAAUACAUGUUUCGAAUCUUUUACAGCUUCCUCAGGUAAAAACUGAAUACUAUCAGAAUAUUUCAAUUCGGGACUCGGCUCCAAGUUAUCACAGGCUUCAAUUUUAUUUAUAACUGGUUUGAUGAAGCUAAGCACUUCUACGUCAGAACCUUGGCUAAGCAAAUCGUCAAGGAAAUAAGCUAUAUCCCUGGCAUUUUUAAUUUUCUUUUGUAAACGCAGCUUUUCUUGGAUGAUUUGCUGCAUUUUUUCGUCACGGAUUUGACGGAUUUGGUCUAGGAGGUUGCUUUUGUGCUCUUCUAUUGAUUUUAUGUAAUCUUCAAUGAACUUUUC